UUUUUUUGUGCUGCAAAUAACAGAAAUAGCUGGGUUUCUAUAAUUAUUUAUUCUUCUGGUUCUUUGCUCUUGCAAUCAACAGCUUUUUGAGCUGCUGAGUAGCUGGGUUGUGAAUCUGGAGACUAAAAUAAGGAAUCAUGAAGCUAGAGAUGCCAGAAAGUUUUGAAGAUGUUGCUGUUGAGUUUUCAAGGGAGGAGUGGAAGAUGCUGAGUGAACAGGAAAAAGAGCUACACAAGGAGGUGAUGGUACAGAACUACGAGAACAUGAUUUCUAUAGGGUAUACCAUCCCAGUGGAUCAACUUUUUGUAUUUAUUAAGAAGGACGUGACAAUUACAUCUGCAGGUCUUGAAGGAGAAAUGACAGUACAGAAACAUCAGGUUCCAGACAGCAGAAUUAAAAUCCACAGGAAUGCACAGUUCAGUGAGUUUCAGAGUCAACUGUCAUCGUGUAAGAAAAACCAUAAUUCUGAUCAUGGUAAAGCGUUGCCAAAUAAACUACCUAUCCCACAAGCUGAUCCGUUACAGGUUCAAAAUAAACUUCAAAACUCUGUGGAAAAUAAUGAUGAAAUUACCAGUAAAACUGAAACAAAAAUGAAUCUGGAAACUCAUGAUGCAAUGAUACAGUAUCAACAUGGGCUUACUGGUGAGAAACCAUUUAAGUGUAAAGUGUGUGAUAAGAGUUUCGUGCACAAAAGAAGUGUAUUACAUCAUCUGUUAGUCCACAUUGGACAGACACCAUAUAAAUGUAGCAUAUGUAACAAAUGCUUUAGAGAUAAGAGGGGGUUGGCAGUCCAUGAGUUUAUCCACAUUAGACAAAAACCUUAUAAAUGCACCACAUGUGACAAGAGUUUUAGCUACAAGAACACUUGGAUGAAUCAUCAGAAAACCCACGCUGGGCAAAAACCCUUCAGAUGUUCCAUAUGCGAUAAGAGUUUUACAAGAAAAUAUAACAGGGAGAGACACCAAUCUAUCCACGUGGAGGAAAAACCCACAUAAAUGUGCUAUAUGCGAAAGGAGAUUUGCACAGAAGUAUAACCUGAUACAACAUCAGUAUGUCUAUGAUGGACCCUUUAAAUGCAUAAUGUGUGACAAGAGUUUUAUAAAGAAAAGCAGCAUUGAAAAACAUGAGUUAGUCCACAAUGAACAGAUAUUUUACAUGUGAUAAGGGGUUUACAGAUGAGGGAGGUUUGCACAUCAUUAGAUUAUCCACACAGGUUAACGUAGAACAGGCAAUUAGUAAAGUAGAAGUUAAAAAAUACAAGUUGAAGUUAUGGAACACUUGUGAAGUAAAGGAUUUAGUGUAGAAAGUUUAACAUGGGUUACAUGAUGGAACAACCAGUCCCCAGAGUAAGGAGAAACUGGAGGAUCAGGAGACAUCCGAAGAAGAAAUAUGGAUAUGAGAAAGAAAAA